CGAAGCGCUCGCCGUAGCGAGACGGCCUUGCCCGCGCAUGCGCAGCGGCGGAGCCGCAGAGGGUGCGCGGCCGGGGGGCGGAAGGACGUUGGUGGGCUCGCGCUGAGGAAAUACGGUCAGCAUGUCCUCCGCGCUGUUGCCUAAGCCGCAGAUGCGCCGCCUUUUGGCGAGGCGGAUGAAGUUUCACCUCUUUGGGGCAUUUUUUGUGUCUCUCGGAUGUGCGGCAUUGUACAAGUUUGGAGUUGCUGAUCCCAGAAAAAGAGCUUAUGCAGAGUUCUAUAAAAACUAUGAUCCCAUGAAGGACUUUGAAGCCAUGAGAGCAGCUGGUGUGUUUGAGUCUGCACCGCCCAAAUGACCAUAAUCUGCAUUUCCAGAUCAACAGAUCCCCUUCAGCCUAAGGAGACUUAAUGACUGAACCUUACGUGUUCUCUGAAUUAUAAAGUGUAAUGUACUUCAGCAUAUGAUGUGCUCUAAUGUAUCUCAAUAAAUAAAAUACAUACAUCAGCGAA